UUUUAAAACAGCGAACCGCACAUAAACAGUAGGCUAAAAUGACUGAGCGUCCGGCGAUCGCUUUGGAUUAAAAGGGAAACUUUUUCGUUUUCUUUUUUUUCCUUAUUUUUUUUCCUACAAUGGCCGUAGACGCGAAAAAGUAACCAAAACAUUAGCGAAAGCCUCAGAUGUAUGGACACUCGACAAUGUGCACAUCGACCUGAGACCUGCAGACUCUUUCCUUAAGUGCAUCUCCCCUUUCUUUUAAAGAAGGCUCGUUUAAGUUCUACGUUUUAUGACUUUUCUUGAUUUUAAUCCUUUUUGCGGUGUCCUGAUUUUUCAUUUUAAUUUGAAGACGAUGGCGGGGAAGAUGGUUACACAAGGCACGGUAAUUUUGCUUGUAACAGCCAACGUCGGAUCUCUGUUCGAAGAUCCUGAAAACCUGCAGAAGACCUGGCUUCGGGAGUUUUAUCAGACUGUACAUACAUACAAGCCUUAUUUUAUUGCCAUUCAUUUUCAAGAGGUUGGUGGAAAAAACUUUGAAGAAUCUAUGUCUCAUGUGGAUAAGUUUAUCAAUGAAUUGUUGUCAAGUGAUUCAAUGAAGGAAUUUAAUAGAGCUCGGGUUUACCUGGAUGAAAAUUACAAAUCUCAAGAACAUUUUACGGCAUUAGGAAGUUGUUACUUUCUACAUGAAUCAUUGAAAAAUGUGCACCAGUUUGAUUUUAAAGCAAAGAAAUUCAAAAAAGUUACCGGAAAAGAGACCUAUGCUGAUACACUUGAAAGCACUCCAAUGCUCGAAAAAGCAAAAUUUCCACAAGAGUACUUCCCAGAGUGUAAAUGGUCCAGAAAAGGCUACAUCAGAACAAGAUGGUCUAUAGCGGACUGUACCUUUGACUUGGUGAACAUUCAUCUUUUCCAUGAUGCUUCCAAUUUAAUUGCUUGGGAAAACAGCCCAUCUGUUUAUUCACGAACGCGGCAGAAAGCACUGAGUUACGUUCUAGAUCGGAUUACAGACCAGAGAUAUGAAAAAGCUCCACAUUUUCUUUUUGGAGAUUUUAAUUUUAGGUUGGACUCUAAAGAUGUUGUGGCGAGGCUUUGUCCUUCAGCAAACAUGCAGACUAUUAGAACUGCUGACACCAAUGAAGUCGAUAAGUUAAUAUUUCGAGAGAUGGAUAACGAUAAAAAGGUAGUGCUUCAGCUAGAGAAGAAGCUGUUUGAUUACAGUAAUCAAGACGUUUUCCGGGAAAACAACGGCACUCAGCUUUUAGAGUUCGAUAAAGAGCUUACAGUUUUCAAAGACAGACUGCAUGAGCUUGAAAUAGCAUUUCCUCCAAGUUAUCCAUAUAGUGAAGACAGCAGUCAAGGAAAACAGUACAUGAACACUAGAUGUCCAGCCUGGUGUGAUCGGAUUUUAUUAUCCAUUUCAGCAAAGGAACUAAUUUUGAAGUCUGAAAAUGAAGAAAAAGCAGUGGUCUAUGAUAAUAUUGGACCAAACGUGUGCAUGGGGGACCAUAAGCCUGUCUUCCUAUCAUUCCGAAUAGCUGCUGGGGCAGGUAAACCUUAUGCAAAUAAACACAAGUGUUGUGUCGUACAGUGAUGUGGUGGUAAACGAAGUCUAGGAGGAGAAAGCAUUUUGCGAGAAACUACUAUGUGAAAGCUGCAGGGGAAAAUGGGAGGGGGUCAAGGGAAAGGGAUUGAAGACGUCAAAAGCCCACCAAGGAAAACUUCACGGCAGAAAUGACGAGUCCCACCGAAUCAUUAGUGCCACAUUUGUAGACUGCUGAUCAGUGCACAGCACGCCAUUGUCUGGACUCUGUUCAGGACAGGCCUUGCAUACCUCACUGUCUUGUAUAGUUCUGUGACAGAAUUAAAUUGUGCAAUUUUUUCUUUGUCACAGCAUUGUUUGCCAAAACUCUAAUAGAGAGCUGAAAUACUACGCAUUUUUAGCUACCACAUUUACAACUUUUUAAAAACCUGUCAGUGUCAAAGAAGCUGUCUACAUCUGUAAAGUGUAUAAAAGUGCAAUGCAAAAGUUGUAUAUCUAUAUUAAUAGGGAGUUUUUUUGUACAUUGGAUUGUAAUAAUUAGAGCAAUUGAUGGUUUUAGCACAUCUAUCUUUAGAAACCAAGGUAUGUGGUCCCUGUGUUAGACUAGCUAGGUAUUUUCAUUUCGUAGACUUUUUUUUUGUGCAUAACUACACACUGCCAUGUCAAAUGGUUUUGAAUCACAGAUCAGCUGCUUCUUCAUUUUAUAUACUUUUUAAAAAAGAAACUAAUUUAUAAAUCUUUCCAAAAAUUGUAUGCUAAGGUAAUUAUACCUUCCAGUACGAUUGCUUGGUGUGCCAUUAUCUGCUGAUAUUAUCCUUAAAUGUAGCCAUUUUAAAAAUAUACAGAAAAAAAUGAAUUUCUAUCAGAAAUAUAUUUAGCAGUGCCAUUGUUUAGAUAACUAUAUAGAGGAUACUAUUUAUCAUAUACUACAGUCUUACUUUGGUAUUACAAUUAUGCUAACUUAUUAUUUUACUAUAUUAUGAUGGCUCUGAAUGUGACUUUUAUAGAUAGGCUGGGGUUUCCUUUAGCAAUUUUUGUAAACCGUUUUGUCAUUGUUUAUUGCCACAUUAUGGUGCCAUAUAUUUACUUAGGGAGACAGUCAUUUUUGUGGAGGCAUCGUAUUCAUUUUUCCAAACACCAAUAAGAGUAUCUUCAGAUUUAAAGUAUAUAUUAGUAGAAAUUAGGUAUAUAAAAUAGGUUUUAUGUAAUAAAAAGCAAGCUCAUUUGUUUUGUCGUUCACCUUUAAACCUUAUUUGCUGCAUUGUUGCAGUUGUCCCCCAUUGUAUUUUACCACAUCCAGAGGUGGUCACAAAGUCUGUUGGUGAAACCCAAAAAUUUCUUUCAUUGAUUUUAUUUUGUACACUACGGAGUUCACACACCACGUGAUGGCAUUAGAUUAAUGCUCGAUUCCUCGGUAUGAAUCACUACAGGUAGAAAUUAUUGUGUGUCUGCCAGCAAUAUUUUGCUUGCCUUGACUGUGUGAUAUCAGUUUGUCGAUGAAAUUACUUGUAAGGUUAUCUGCGGGGCCCAUGUCACAAUGUGCCAAUGUCUCCGUAUCCCUCAAACGGGUAUUCAGUCUAUGUGAACCUUAGGGCCUACAUGGUAGGUUUUCAUUCUCAAGCAAUAAAAUUGAUAUACCUAAUGAA